UUAAAGGGGGCUUCCAGAUUCCCUGAUAAGCCCCCUGCGCCCGCAGACCCCCACAACCACCGGCCAGGGUUGUGGGGAAGAGGCCCUUGUCCCCAUCAACAUGGGGACAAGGUGCUUUGGGGGGGGAGCCCCCCUGCCCCAAAGCACCCUCCCAUGUUGAGGGCAUGUGGCCUGGUAUGGUUCAGGAAGGGGGGCGCUCGCUCAUCCCCAUCCCCUUUUCUUACCUGCCGGGCUGCAUGCUCGGAUAAGGGUCUGUAUGGAUUUUGGGGGGAACCCCAAGCUGUUUUUUUAUUUAAUUUCGGUGUGGAGUUACCCCUUAAUAUCCAUACCAGACCCGAAGGGCUUGGUGUAGAUGGGAGGGGG